AUGUCGUACUCGAACACCACGAACAACAGCAGCAACACGGCGGGAGCCCAACCGCUUUCGGUAGGCGACGACCGCCUGGCUUCAGACAACAACUUUACCGACCAGUCUUCGGCUCACCCCAACCCAGGCGAACCAGACGAGCACAGGGAGACGGGCGAGACCAUUGAUCAAGGAGGCUACGGCCUCUCGGCUUCCGGCGGCGACGAGUUCUCAAAGGAAAACCAAACAGGCCAAGGUUUCUCUUCAACAGAGGAAACGAGAGCGAGGGUCGGGGGACAGUUCCAACCCAGCGUACAGGACUCGAUCGGCAAAACUAGCUUCUGA